AUGUUGGGAGCCACUGAGAGAUGCGGUGUUCUAGCCACUCUGUUGUUGCUGCCGCCUCUUGUGUGGCCCACGAGCACGAUAAACAUAAGCCAGAAUCUGACGGAGUCAGCCUCAGAGAUUACCGGCUUUCCUCCUUGCGAUGCCCUGAUCUCUGCCGGUCUCGGCAAUCGGAUUCUCCUUGCAGCCACAGACGCGUAUGAAUCCCGUAUCCAGAGCUGGUGGUCCGCUAACGGGCGACUCCGCCCUUGGUGUUUGGUACAACCGCAUACCGCCCAGGAGCUCUCUGUCGCUGUCAUGGCCUUGUCUGACAGUGGUCGCGGUGCCGGCGAUUGGCAUAUUGCCGUCCGUGGCGGCGGACACUCCCUCCCGGGAGCUAACAACAUCGCCAACGGGGUCACAAUCGACCUUGGAAUGAUGAACCACUCGCACUAUGACCACGACCGACAACUAGCAAGAGUGGGGCCUGGUGCCGCCUGGAAAGACGUCUACUACAACCUCCUCCGCCAUGGCAAUGUCACGGUCAGCGGAGGCCGCGACGGCGGUGUCGGCGUCGGUGGAUUGCUCCUAGGUGGCGGAAUGUCCUAUUAUAGUGGUCGCAGUGGCCUUGGUUGCAACGAAGUCGUCAAUUUCGAAGUGGUACUCGCUAACGGAAGUAUCGUCGACGCAAACUCCAAUGAAAACCCUGCUUUAUGGAAAGCUCUAAAGGGUGGAGGUCUCAACUUCGGCAUUGUCACAAACUUCGACAUACGGGCCAUCCCAGCCGUGGACCUGGCGUACGGACAGAGUAUCAUUACCUCAAACCAUUCCGACGAAAUCGUCGAUGCUGUGGUUGAGUUUACGAAUCAUCCGGAGGAGCUCGCUGACGAUGUAUUAAUAAUUCUAUACAUACAUGAUCUUGAAAUUAGGGAAGACAUGACUAUAUUGGCUAUUCGUGCCAACACUCAGGGUGAUCUUAACACGACGAGUUUCGACCGGAUCAACAAAAUCCCAACUUUGAUGAGCAGUUGGGAACAUAGCUCACUUGCGGAUGCGGCGAUCAUGUCGCAGCUUCCAGCUGGGUUGAAAAACACAUGGAAGACAUUAACCUUUCUCAACUCUGCCCGCGUUCUCCGCCACGCUGCCUCGUUGUAUUCUCAGCUGGUCUCAUCGCUUUCAGCGAUGAUCGGUGCCGAGAAUUUUACAAGUCACAUGGUUCUGCAACCUUUCCCUUCAUAUUAUGCCAGCAUCGGAGAGCGCAAAGGCGGCAAUGUACUAGGGCUAGAGCGCAUCUCGUCCAACGCUGUUCUGUGGGUUACUUACAUUGGGAUCAAGAACGGUGAUGACGCUUCGGUGGGCAUCGCACAGGCCGAACUGAGCGCCAUGACGAGUAAAUUGGAAGGAUUUGCGAUUGGAGAGGAAACAGGAGUUGAAUAUGUGUACUUGAAUUACGCGGAUGCAGGUCAGGACCCCCUGGGAAGUUAUGGGCCGGAGAAUGUAGCGUUCAUGAAGGACGUGGCGAGGCAAUAUGACCCAGACGGCUUUUGGCAGCAGAGGGUACCUGGUGGAUUUAAGCUGUCGAGGGUGACUGCUCAGGAACCCUAG